UCUUUAAUGGUAUUGAAUCUGCAGUUUAUCAUUUUUAUCAAUGAUGAUAUUUGAUUAAGUUAUAGUAAUAGAUAAAUAAUUAUUAUUCAAUGGAUAGAUUUGUCAAAUCAGUUAAUAACAUGAAUUCAACGGUUCUAGUGCCUUCGAAGUUAAGAGACAUGGAUAUCGUUGGUAAAAGAAUUAGCAGUUGUUCUGGUUCUAUACCACCGUGUUUAGCAAAUGCCGAUAUGUAUAGUUUUUAUAUUAUGUUGAAUGAUGUUAAGGAGGAAUUACUUUGGGGUCCAUCGAGCAUCUCAUCAUUUGGACAUGUUACUGGAGAUGGAUGUUGUACUACUGGACGUGACAAAUCUUGUUGUACAGUUGGUAGCAAUCGAUUGACCGCUUCAUUAGGAGCAAUUGUAUUAACCGGAGGUGGAGGAGGUCCCGGCAGAGUUACUGGUAGACAUAGUCGUCAGCCUUCAGCUGAUGAAUCCCUUGGAUCAUUAGGUUCUACAGCAUCUUCAUCUGAUCUCGAAACUGAUAGUGAAGCAGAUUCCUUUAUCAAGGAUAAAGAAUUAGAUGAUGCAACUCUUCACAUAGCCCAAGCAUUCCGGCACCAUUUACAAGCACUCCAUACAAUACUUCACCAGUUUGCGGAUGCUGCUGAUUAUUUAUCUCUCAGAUAUCAAGAAGAAAUUGAUUCUUGUUUUUAACAUUACGUUUCCUUUAUUUCCCCUCUGACCUUUCCUCCUUACCCUUUUUCUCGGCCUAUGAAAUUGCUAAAAUGUAUUAUUCAGUAAUCUACUAGGUAAGGAGACUUUCUUGAUAUAGCUAUUUUCACUUCCCUUACAAUGAUAAGUACUCCUUCAAUUAUUUCAAUCGAACUUGAAUCAGCACUUGUUGACCAAGUCAGUGAAAUUAUUUAAUUAAUCAUUAUUUACUUUUUCUCGAUGAUCAAUUAAAAAUUCACUAUUGUAGAAACUAAACCAAAAAUUUUACCAAAUUUUGUGGGAUUGCUUCAAAAUCUAGUCUAAUUUAUCUGAUAGUCUCAUUACCUAGUAGGUCACUGUAUUUUGAAAGUUAAUGAUUAAUUUUGUUAAUUUGUAAGUAUUUCAUGUUAAUUUUAUUAGUUGCUGAAUCUCAAGUUGAUUUUUUCAAAUUAUAAUUGGGUUGUCAUCAUCAACUGUUAAAUCCAAAUUAUCCUCGCCCAUAAUUGUAAAAAUCUAAGCUUCACCGGAAUUUACCCAAUUCCGAGAAAUUUAAUAGAAUUUUAAAAUUAUAAUCAUUCUAUUAAUAUCAUUAAAUCUACUUAAUGAAAUUGCAAUUAUUAAACGAAAUUAUUAAUAUGUUUAAA